AGUAAUUCCGCGUGCAUAGUGAAUUGCAGAGCAUUAACUCAAUUAAAGAUGUGUAAUUGCACGCCACAUUAUUUGAGAAUUCCAGGAGCACCGAUUUGUGGGAUUGAAGGACUUAGUUGUGUAACUGAAUAUUCAGAAAUAUUCAGAUCACUAAAAACUUAUGAUUUUAACAAGUUGGGAUUAGUUUGUAAUUGUAUUUCAAGUUGUACAGAACCAGAAUACAACGUCUUAUCUACUGAAAUCGGGUCUUUAAGUAAUGAUAACGCAAAUAACGAGGAUGUUAUAAAUGGAUCAAAAGUGGUUAUUGCAUUAGAUAGAUUACCAAAUGAAAGGCUUAAAAGAAAUGUAGUAAGAUCUCGUAUGGACCUCAUCGUUUCGGUAGGAGGAACAUUGG